AACUUUUCAUUCAGUUUGUUUUUAGACUCGAUCGUGAACAGAGCUCAUCAUGACACAAAGUAGAAGCACCUGGCUCGGCUGCAGCCUUGGUAGUCUUUUGGCUGUCCUGGUCCUGGUCCUCCAGACCAUGAACCAGGAAGCCGAGGGAGCCAAUAUCCUGGGCGUGUUUCCAGGACACGGUCCGUCCCAUCUAAUAGUACACAUGUCCGUCAUGAAGGCCCUGGCCGAAAAGGGACACAAUGUGACGACAAUUUCCACAAUUGUGCCGAAGGUGACCCACAAAAACAUUAAACAAAUCGUGGUGCCAUUGAUCACCCCCGAGGAGGAGAAGCUCCUCAAUUCCGGCAUUAGUGGAAUGGCCAAAGAGAAGGGCUCCAUUUGGACCACCAUGAAAGUUAUGGUGGGUUCGAUGUCCAUGAUGGUUGAGAAGCAGGUGGAGCUCCUCGAGCACCCGCGCUUCCAAGAGCUCCAUCAGAACAAGGACAACAAGUUCGAUGUGGUCUUUGCUGGAUUUUUCGUAAACUCGUACUUGGUGGGUCUGGGUGCCAGAUUUAAUGCUCCGGUUAUUAUUUGCUGGUCCGGAGCCCCAAUGCUCUGGGUUAACAAGUUCCUGGGCAACCCUGAGCUAUCCACAGUUCCUCAAAUGCAGAUCGGAGUUGCUCAGGGAGAAGUCAUGACCUUCCAGCAAAGGAUACAGAAUUUCGUGAGCACACUGAGCUUCGAUGCCCUUGAUGCCUACUUGGAAAUUAAAUAUAAGCAUUUUUACAAUCGUGUUUGGGGAAGUGACAAGUCGAUGCCCAGCUAUGAGGAGGCCAAACAGAACGUAUCCUUGGUCUUUUGUAAUAGCCAUGCCAUAAGUGAGGGUCCCAUUCGGGCCAAUGUUCCGGCUGUCGUAGAAGUGGGUGGCAUUCAGAUAAAGAACAAGCCCGAUCCUCUGCCUCAGGACAUCAAGGAGUUCCUGGACAAGGCCAAGAACGGAGCUGUUCUUUUCAGUUUGGGCUCAAACCUGAAGGGCGAACACAUCAAGCCCGAUGUGGUGAGCACAAUCUUCAAGGCUCUGAGCAGCAUUAAACAGCAGGUGAUCUGGAAGUGGGAAGAUCUGGAGAAGACUCCCGGAAAAGCUUCCAAUAUUCUGUAUAAGAAGUGGCUGCCCCAGGACGACAUCCUGGCCCAUCCCAAUAUCAAGCUCUUCAUCACCCACGCCGGUAAAGGGGGAGUCUCCGAAGCCCAGUACCACGGAGUCCCAAUGCUGGCUCUUCCUGUCUUCGGCGAUCAGCCUGGAAACGCCGACAAGUUGGCCCUCAGUGGAUAUGGUCUCAGCCUGGACUUGAACUCCAUGCAAGUUGAGGAAUUCAAGGAGGCCAUUAAGGAGAUCACCGAAAAUCCCAAGUACGCCCAGAAACUGAAGGCCUUUUCCCAGCUCUACCGCGAUCGUCCCAUGAGUGCCCAGGAGUCGGUGGUCUACUGGACGGAGUACGUGAUCCGUCACCAUGGAGCUCCGCACAUGCAGAGUCCUUUGGUGAAGAUGGGUUUCAUGGCCAGCAACAAUUACGAUAUCUAUAUUCUGGCGAUUUUGGUCCUGUACAUCCUGGUUAAGAUCAACAAAAUCUUUUGGCUGUUCAUUUGGCGCAAAUUUGUGGCCAAAAAUACUCAGAAAACUAAGCUUAAGCAGAACUAAAUAAGUUAUGUAUGAUUAUGUUACUUUUAUUGUAUAGAACUGGUUAAAAAUGUAAAUAAACAAGCUAAUGAAAUA